AUGGGGAACACAUGUGUGGGACCAAAUCUCGGCGAUGGUUUCAUGCAAUCCGUCACGGCUGCCAUUUGGCGAACCAGGCCACCGGAGGACCGGCUCCCUCCUCCUAAUGAAGAAGGCAGUAGCAAAAAUGGCUCAAGUUCGAAUCCUGAUCCGGCAUCCAAAGCUGAGUCUCAGGCUUCUAAACCUCCUGAUGAGGCUCCGGCUCCGCUUCCUCCAGGGCACAACGAUCCCCCUGAGCCUGUGAAAAUUGGUAGCGAUCAACCUCCAAAAGCGGAACCAGAAGGGGUGAAGGAUGAGGACAGCAAGACCCAUGAGGCCGAGAAAGCGAAGAAAACUGCUCAUAUGAAGAGGGUCUCUUCUGUUAAACUGUCAAUAGACUCGGUGUUGGGAAGGAAGACUGAAAAUAUAAAAGAUAUAUACAGUUUGGGAAGGAAGCUUGGACAAGGCCAAUUUGGGACGACCUACUUUUGUGUGGAGAAGGGAACCAACAAGGAGUUUGCUUGCAAGUCAAUUGCAAAGAGGAAGCUGACUACACAAGAGGAUGUGGAAGAUGUUAGGAGGGAAAUCCAGAUAAUGCAUCACUUGGCAGGACACCCCAAUGUGAUACAAAUUGUUGGCGCUCAUGAAGACGCUGUGGCGGUUCAUGUUGUAAUGGAACUUUGCGCAGGUGGUGAGCUAUUUGAUAGGAUCAUACAAAGAGGGCAUUAUUCGGAGAGGAAAGCAGCUCAACUUGCAAAGAUUAUAGUUGGUGUUGUUGAAGCGUGCCAUUCCUUGGGUGUCAUGCAUCGAGACUUGAAGCCGGAGAACUUUUUAUUUGUGAACCAGGAAGAGGAAGCGCCACUUAAGACCAUAGAUUUUGGGUUAUCAGUGUUCUUCAGGCCAGGAGAAACAUUCACUGAUGUUGUUGGUAGCCCGUAUUAUGUGGCCCCAGAAGUACUACGGAAGAAUUAUGGUCAAGCAUGCGAUGUUUGGAGUGCUGGUGUAAUCAUUUAUAUUCUACUGAGUGGAGUACCCCCAUUCUGGGAUGAAACGGAGCAAGGAAUAUUUGAGCAGGUUUUAAAAGGCGAACUCGAUUUCAUAUCAGAACCUUGGCCUAACAUAUCUGAAAGUGCCAAGGAUUUGGUUAGGAGAAUGCUUAUAAGGGAUCCAAAAAAGCGGAUAACAGCCCAUGAAGUACUUAGACACCCUUGGGUUCAGGUUGAUGGUGUUGCUCCAGAUAAACCUCUUGAUUCUGCUGUCUUAACUCGCUUAAAGCAAUUUUCUGCCAUGAAUAAGCUUAAGAAAAUUGCCAUCAGAGUCAUUGCAGAAAGCCUGUCUGAAGAGGAAAUAGCAGGCCUUAAGGAAAUGUUCAAGAUGAUAGACACAGACAACAGUGGGCACAUCACCCUUGAGGAGCUGAAGAAUGGUUUGGAAAGAGUAGGAGCUGAUCUCAAGGAUUCUGAAAUCACUUGGUUAAUGCAAUCGGCGGAUGUGGAUAAUAGUGGCACCAUAGACUAUGGUGAGUUCAUAGCAGCUAUGCUCCACCUGAACAAGGUCCAGAAGGAAGAUCACCUGUUUGCAGCAUUCUCAUACUUUGACAAAGAUGGAAGUGGGUACAUUACUCGAGAUGAGCUGCAACAAGCCUGCGAGAAGUUUGGUUUACACGAUGUGCAAUUAGACGAUAUGAUACGUGAAGUCGACCAGGAUAAUGAUGGGCGCAUCGAUUACAGUGAAUUCGUGGCUAUGAUGGAAGACACUGGUUUUGGCAAGGGGUUACAGAUGAACAUGAGUAGUAGGCAUAUUAGUAGCUGA